GGCCGCCAGAUGGGGCCAAGUUCCGGCGUGCGUGCCGAGGCCAACUUGGAUUCGCGCUCCGCUGGCGACCACCGCGUCCGGCCCCUUGGAGACGAUCUGUUCCCGGGUCCCCCAAACUAGUUCCCGACGCCAGACCCGCGGCACUCCCAGUGCUGAAUUUGGGGGGAACCUUUUUCGUUUCUUUUCAUCACUUUACGUUGUACCCGCCUCAAAAGGGCUGACUGCAUUUCAGAAAGAAUCAACUUUUUUCGAUGGACCUAUUCAUCAAGUGAAAUAUAUCAGAACUGUUUUAAGAAGCUUUGUACUUCAUCAUAGAAAAGUUCUUUCCUACCCCCCAGCCCCAAUGAAAAUGAGGACAUUUGAAAAGUGAUUUAAGGUGUGGACAUUUGAGAAGGUGUCUCAUCAAGUCAGUGAACCAAAGGAUAAGUACUGAAUAGAUUAAUCCAAAGCACUAUUUUUAAACCAGGAGGAUUUCAUCUUGACAGAAAACCAACUGUUAAUUUAAUAUGUCUUUUUCUGGGGUUAAGAGAAACAAGAAUAGACUUAAAAUAGAUGAAGAUAUUUAGUAAAUAAGCAAUGUCAACUCUAUUCUGAUUAGGGUAACCGAGUAAUGUUAAAUACAAAUCUGUGGUUGUGGUCCUAGAAGUAAGAUACCUUUUUGAUGGAACUGGUAUUAAGAGAAGUAGCACCUUUUGUGCAUUCAAUUCAGUGAUAAAACUUAUAAUCAUCGGCAUGAGUGGCUUAGAAGAGGAAAUAAAGAAGCUUUCAACUAAAUCCAAGUGUAGUCAUUUUUUUUUUGCUGUUAUUUUAAAAACCUCUUCAUACUCACUUUAAAAGAAUUGACAACUGUUUUAAAAGAUUAAAGAAAGGCAGAUGUCUGCAAAUAAUUCCCCUCCAUCAGCCCAGAAGUCUGUAUUACCUGCAGCUAUUCCUGCCGUGCUUCCAACUGCUUCUCCAUGUUCAAGUCCUAAGACAGGACUGUCUGCCCGACUCUCUAAUGGAAGCUUCAGUGCACCAUCACUCACCAACUCCAGAGGCUCAGUGCAUACAGUUUCAUUUCUACUGCAGAUUGGCCUCACACGGGAGAGUGUUACCAUUGAAGCCCAGGAACUGUCUUUAUCUGCUGUCAAAGAUCUUGUGUGCUCCAUUGUUUAUCAAAAGUUUCCAGAGUGUGGAUUCUUUGGCAUGUAUGAUAAAAUUCUUCUCUUUCGUCAUGACAUGAACUCAGAAAAUAUUUUGCAGCUGAUUACCUCAGCAGAUGAAAUACAUGAGGGAGACCUAGUAGAAGUUGUUCUUUCAGCUUUGGCCACAGUAGAAGACUUCCAGAUUCGUCCACAUACUCUUUAUGUGCAUUCUUACAAAGCUCCUACUUUUUGUGAUUAUUGUGGUGAGAUGCUCUGGGGAUUGGUACGUCAGGGACUGAAAUGUGAAGGCUGUGGAUUAAAUUACCAUAAACGAUGUGCCUUCAAGAUUCCAAAUAACUGUAGUGGAGUAAGAAAGAGACGUCUGUCAAAUGUAUCUUUACCAGGACCUGGCCUCUCAGUUCCAAGACCCCUACAGCCUGAAUGUGCAGCCCUUCCCAACGAAGAGUCACAUGUUCACCAAGAACCAAGUAAGAGAAUUCCUUCUUGGAGUGGUCGUCCAAUCUGGAUGGAAAAGAUGGUGAUGUGCAGAGUAAAAGUUCCACACACAUUUGCUGUUCACUCUUAUACCCGUCCCACAAUAUGUCAGUACUGCAAGCGGUUACUGAAAGGCCUCUUUCGGCAAGGAAUGCAGUGUAAAGAUUGCAAAUUCAAUUGCCAUAAACGGUGUGCAUCAAAAGUACCAAGAGACUGCCUUGGGGAGGUUACUUUCAAUGGAGAACCUUCCAGUCUGGGAACAGAUACAGAUAUACCAAUGGACAUUGACAGUAAUGACUUGAAUAGUGAGGGUAGUCGGGGCUUAGAUGACACAGAAGAACCAUCUCCCCCAGAAGAUAAAAUGUUCUUCCUGGAUCCAUCUGAUCUUGAUGUGGAAAGAGAUGAAGAAGCUGUUAAAACAAUCAGUCCAUCAACGAGCAAUAACAUUCCACUAAUGAGGGUUGUACAAUCCAUCAAGCACACAAAGCGGAAGAGCAGCACAAUGGUGAAGGAAGGUUGGAUGGUCCAUUACACCAGCAGGGAUAACCUGAGAAAGAGGCAUUAUUGGAGACUUGAUAGCAAAUGUCUAACAUUAUUUCAAAAUGAAUCUGGAUCAAAGUAUUACAAGGAAAUUCCACUUUCAGAAAUUCUCCGCAUAUCUUCACCACGAGAUUUCACAAACAUUUCACAAGGCAGCAACCCACACUGUUUUGAAAUCAUCACUGAUACCAUGGUAUACUUUGUUGGUGAGAACAAUGGGGACAGCUCUCACAAUCCUGUUCUUGCUGCCACUGGAGUUGGACUUGAUGUAGCACAGAGCUGGGAAAAGGCAAUUCGCCAAGCUCUCAUGCCUGUUACCCCUCAAGCAAGUGUUUGCACUUCUCCAGGGCAAGGGAAAGAUCACAAAGAUUUAUCUACCAGUAUCUCUGUAUCUAAUUGUCAGAUCCAGGAGAAUGUGGACAUCAGUACUGUUUACCAGAUCUUUGCAGAUGAGGUGCUUGGUUCAGGCCAGUUUGGCAUUGUUUAUGGAGGAAAACAUAGAAAGACUGGAAGGGAUGUGGCUAUUAAAGUAAUUGAUAAGAUGAGAUUCCCUACAAAACAAGAAAGUCAACUCCGUAAUGAAGUGGCUAUUUUACAGAAUUUGCACCAUCCUGGGAUCGUAAAUCUGGAAUGUAUGUUUGAGACCCCAGAACGAGUCUUUGUGGUAAUGGAAAAGCUGCAUGGAGAUAUGUUGGAAAUGAUUCUAUCCAGUGAGAAAAGUCGGCUUCCAGAACGAAUUACUAAAUUCAUGGUCACACAGAUACUUGUUGCUUUGAGGAAUCUGCAUUUUAAGAAUAUUGUGCACUGUGAUUUAAAGCCAGAAAAUGUGCUGCUUGCAUCAGCAGAGCCAUUUCCUCAGGUGAAGCUGUGUGACUUUGGAUUUGCACGUAUCAUUGGUGAAAAGUCAUUCAGGAGAUCUGUGGUAGGAACUCCAGCAUACUUAGCCCCCGAAGUUCUCCGGAGCAAAGGUUACAACCGUUCUCUAGAUAUGUGGUCAGUGGGAGUUAUUGUCUAUGUGAGCCUCAGUGGCACGUUUCCUUUCAAUGAGGAUGAAGAUAUAAAUGACCAAAUCCAAAAUGCUGCGUUUAUGUACCCACCAAAUCCAUGGAGAGAAAUUUCUGGUGAAGCAAUUGAUUUGAUAAACAACCUGCUUCAAGUGAAGAUGAGAAAACGUUAUAGUGUUGACAAAUCUCUUAGUCAUCCUUGGCUACAGGACUAUCAGACUUGGCUUGACCUUAGAGAAUUUGAAACUCGCAUUGGAGAACGUUACAUUACACAUGAAAGUGACGAUGCUCGCUGGGAAAUACAUGCAUACACACACAACCUUUUAUAUCCAAAGCACUUCAUUAUGGCUCCCAAUCCAGAUGAUAUGGAAGAAGAUCCCUAAUUAUCAAAGAGCUAACUUCAAUGAGCAAAGAUUUCAUUUUGUGGACUGAUACUUUGUUGCGUUACUGUUCGUUGUAGGUUGUCAUCUGCAAGGAUGCAAAGACAUAAGGAAGUAUAAGGAAUUGGUGACACCAAUACUGUAGUUCAUAAUGAGUAGGUACAGGAGAGGAAACUGAGUAAUAAAAACUCACAGUGGAAUCAAGGUGAAACUUUUUAUAAAUUUUUGUAGCAUUUUUUUCUAAUCCUUCACUUUUGUACUACAGUGGCACUUAAUGUAUCUUCCCUUUCCUGUUUUUACAUUUGUGUUUUUAAAAGGAAAAUAAAAAAGGCAAGCUAGAGUUCAAUAAUUGCAUAGCUUGACCAAAUCAUACAAGAGUUAUAGGUAGUAACAGAUUUGUAUUUAAGAGAUAACUGUGAGGAAACCAAUAUGUGAUUUUACAAGGACUUUUAACAUUUGUUUAACCAACCAUGGAUGCAUUGAGGGGUUUUUUCUAUAUGUCUAGAAAAGGAGCGCAGGACUGUUUCACCUUUCUUUUUUAGGUCAAUCAAGACUCUGAAACAGUGAUUCCUAACCUUUUUGAAUUAUGACUCUGUGCUCUCCAACAUGAAAAUUAGGUUGUCACCUUUUUUGUAUUUGGCAACAGUGGGACAUUUACAUUACAAAACAAGUAAGAACUGAUGUUCUAAGUGUUGAACUAUUACACAUGUCUUCACAUAUAGCUCAGCUCUACGUUCUGACUGACACCAUCCUGACGCCAAUACUGGAUUCCAGUGUUCAAUGGGUACAGAUCUAAACUUUACACAAUUUAUCUUUACCCAGGGUUGAAUAACGUGAGGGAUAAAAUUAAGUAUGUACUAAAAGGAAGGCCAGUGCAAGGUCAGUUAAUGCUACAGUUACUGUAUAGCAAACAGUAUCCUGUUUUUCUUCCCUUAUCCUGUUAGAGGACUUUGCACAUAUCUGAAAUGUUUUUGAAUCAAUUAUUUUAAGCAGUUUGGUGGAAUGGUAGGGGUGGAACAUGAAGCACUUACUUUAUAAGGGUGGGGCUGUAUUAUCAGCUCAGCAAAUAAAAGAAUAAGUAUUUCCUUUUACCUUUCAGUUCCAGCAGCCAUCUAUUUUAAAAAUAGUUACUAAUAUUUCCCCAAAGAAAGUUUAAGAGCUGGAAUCAUCCACUUGGAAGAAAUCUGUGGCUUUUUGUUUCUUUGUUCCUCAGUAAUCAUUGUGAACCUUUUUUUCUUUUUCUUCCCUACUCUAAGAAGACUGAAAGAGUUAAGUCUUGGCUGCAUUAUUAUUAGCUAUGUUGACCUGGGCAGAGAUGACAGUCUGUCUGAGUCUGUAGUUCCUCAGUGUAUUUAUAAAAUGAAGAUCAUAAUUCUCACCUCUACCUUCCUCAUAGUGUUGUGAAGAUCAGAUAUGUAUGAAUGUAUUUAAUAAACUAAAAACUGUAAGUGUUAACUCUUAUUGCACAUUGAAUUUGAGGUAGCAGAGGAAAAGAAUGUUCCUGUAUAUGAAGACUAAGAUUGAGAGGGCCUUUAGAGAUCCCUGAAGCUACUGUCCUAUCUAGGACUAAAAAUAUCCUUGAGAGAAUUGUAGCAAACAUUAUGUAGUGCCCCUGUGUUCUAAGUUGUUUUAUGUUUUAAUUUACCCUCACAACAAUAGGGUGGUAAGUACAUUAGGAACCCAUCUUACAGAUAAGGAAAUUAAGGCACAGGGAGAUUAACCAGCUGCCAAAAUUCAUAGUAUGUGUAUUUGAACCCAGACAGUAUGGUUCCAGAGUCCCUCUUAAAUCCACCUGACAAUUAUGCUGUACUGUCUACCACAAAUACCGCCAGGAGACAUUCCCUGUCUUUCAGUAAUUUGUUCUCAUGUGGGAGUUUCAAAGAUUAAACCAAAUUAAUUUUGAGAAAACAUUUUAGAAAUGUUAUUUUCCCUGUGGAAGAGGAUGACUUCCCCAGAUUUCUCCAUAGUAAGUCUGUUUAUAUCAGCAUGCACAAAAUGGAAUAAUUGUGAGUCACUAGGCAACCUGUUGUGGUUUUAUUGCAUAUGGUGAAAAUCAACUGGAAUGAUGUUUGUUUGCUAUACUUAAUCAACCAUACAAGCCAUGAAAUUAAUUGCACUCUUUUUCUAUUUUUGUUGUUGAAUGCCUAAGUUUUCUAAAAUUUUGUAAAGGCACUGUCAGAUAAUUUGGAGUUGAGUAAUUACUCCAGAUACUGUAUAACCUACAUAACCUUUUGUCUUGAAGUCAAGUUGUGUUUGUAUAAGAAAUAAUUGUCUGCUAGAAACAUUUGAUAAUGUAUAGUCUAUAAUGACACUGUUCAGUACAUUUUUAUAUUUUUUGUUACAUCCAGCUUUUUGUAAAUAUUCUCAAAGAAGCUUGAUAAUAAAAUGUAUUUCCAUAUCAUCAUACUUUUCAUAUGAAAACCUAAGCCUAUCUCUAUUAGAGGUAUCUAAAGAAAAUUUUAUUUGGUUGUGUUAUUUUUCCAGGCCGUGGUAAUAGAACUAUUUGGGAAAUAAUAUUUGUAAAUAGAACUAAUUGCUAUAUUUAAAAGUACUGAUUUUUUUUUACUUGACAAAAAUAAAAAAACUAAUUUUUACACUUUUAUACUAAA